AUGGCGCCCAAGAGCAAGCGUGGCAAGGCCAAGGGCGAGAAGAAGAAGAAAGAUGAGAAAGUGCUCCCUGUGGCCAUUGACAUCACCGUCAACCUCCCAGAUCAGUCCGAUGUCAUUCUCAAGGGGAUUUCCACGGACAGGAUCAUCGAUGUGAGGAGGCUGCUCUGCGUCCACACUGCCACAUGUGCAAUCACAAACUACUCUCUCUCGCAUGAGACUCGUGAUGGUCACUUGAAGGAUGGUGCUGAUGUUGUGACACUGAAGCCAUAUACUCUCACCCUGGUAGAAGGGGAGUACGACGAGGAUAGCGCAUUGGUGCACGUACGGCGGCUGCUGGACAUCGUUGCAUGCACCGCCUCCUUCGGCUCUCCGCCGCCGCCUCCGCCUCCUCCAUCCCCCAAGGAUGCCGAUGCCACCAAGGAGCCCUCCAACUCCAGCUCCAAGCCUGCAGCAGCUGCCUCCUCGGGUGGGCGCCGCAUGGGCUCACCGCCGCCCCUGCCCAAGGAGUCAGCUGCAAAGGAUGCCAAUGCAGCGUCGGCCAAGGAGGACGCUGUCUCAGCAGAGCUGGAGGCAGAGAUGAGCGGUGCAUGCCCCCGCCUCGGAGCGUUCUAUGAGUUCUUCUCCCUCGCUAACCUCUCACCGCCCCUCCACUCACAGGCAGCAGCAGCGCGGGCUGGCUCGCUCCCAGCAGCCCUGCCGUCCUCGCAGCAGCCCUUGCCGGCGCUCUUAGCGGCAGGCGUCACCGGUCGCAGCAUCAGGUGUCUGGCUCGCAGCGGUUGCCGUCGCCGUCGCAGCAUAGGCCGUCCGACUCGUAGUAGUGAUGUUGCCGCGUCAGCACCAUGUCCGCGCGCUUGUAGCAGUGGCCGCCGCUGUUCGCAGCAGUUGUUGCCGCCGUCGCAGUACCCGGUGGUCAGCAUCGCACCUUGUGGUCACCGUCUAGCACCACCUUACAGUAGCGACAACAGCGGUAGCAGUAUGGGCACGCGGUUAUCUGUGGGGUUUGCAGCAGUGAUGGUAGAUAAGGCUGAGGGACCACAUGAGUGGUGCAUGGGGCCCACGGUUAUAAAGAGAGUGACUCAACCUCGACAGGAGGAGCAACCGUCUGAUGACCAUCUCUUCUUCCUUGAGGCAUACGAGGAUCUUAUGAAGGCAUUUUUGGAACGGAACAAGUUCGGAAAUUUUCCUUAUGGUUAUCGUGCAAAUACGUGGCUUGUUCCUCCGAUUGCUGCCCAGUCACCAUCAACAUUUCCUCCCCUUCCUGCUGAGGAUGAAACUUGGGGAGGCAAUGGAGGUGGUUGGGGAAGGAAUGGCAAAAGUGACAUGUUGCCAUGGGCAGAUGAGUUCAUGUAUCUCACAUCCAUGCCUUGCAAAACUGCUGAGGAGAGGGAAAUUCGUGACAGGAGAGCAUUCCUACUGCACAGUCUAUUCGUAGAUGUUGCCAUGUUUAGAACUAUUGCAGCCAUCCGGCAUGUAAUGGAGAGUACAGAUGCGUCAACAGCAAUCAAGAUAGAUGAGGUCUUGCAUUCUGAGACGGUGGGAAAUUUUAGCAUCACUGUCACAAGAGAUUCUUCAGAUGCAAGCUGCAAGCUGGACACUAAGAUAGAUGGAAGCCGAGCCACAGGAGUGGACUCUAAGCAUCUUGGAGAGAGAAACCUUUUGAAAGGAAUAACUGCCGAUGAAAACACUGCUGCACAUGAUGUUGACAGUUUGGGCAUCGUGAAUAUUAGAUACUGUGGGUAUGUUGCUGUAGCAAAGGUUAACAAUUACGAGAAAACUAUUGUGGCUUCUUCUAUUAAGCCUGCUGAUAUCAUGGAUCAACCUGAAGGGGGUGCCCAUGCAUUGAACAUCAACAGUUUGAGGAUGCUCAUAAAUGAAGCCAAUGCAACUGGAGAAAAAAAGUUACCAACACAAAGUCAUAGGCAGGAAGAACUAACUGCAGCACAAACUUAUGCUGAGAACUUGUUGAAGGGAAGUCUUCAAAAUCUUGAGGAAGAGGAGACUGAUAAACAAUCAUUUAUGAGAUGGGAACUUGGUGCGUGUUGGGUUCAGCACUUGCAAGACCUGAAAAAAUCUGACAAAGACAAAAAACAAGGUGAUGGGAAGGAAAAGAAGAAAAUGGUGGACAAAGCUGUGAAAGAGACAAAGAUUGAAGGGCUUGGGAAGCCUCUCAAAGCUCUUAAGCACCCGAACAAUGCGGUUGAUGCUUCUGGCAAGGGAUCCUCAUCAGGGAACAAAAGUUUGACUGAUGCAACAAGCUCUGGGGAAAACCAGAAAGUCAACUCAUCAUCUGUUGAAUCGCCUCAAGGAGACUGCAUCACCUCCGAGAGUGAAAUCUUGCUGAAGGAUGUAUUACUGGAUUCCGCCUUUACAAGGUUGAAAGAUUCAGAAACAGGACUCCACCAGAAGUCACCAUCUGAGUUGAUUGAGAUGGCUCUGAAGUUCUAUGAUGAAGUUGCGCUUCCUAAGCUGGUUGCCGAUUUUGGUUCAUUGGAACUUUCACCUGUUGAUGGUAGGACCUUGACAGAUUUCAUGCAUACGAGGGGCCUACAGAUGCGCUCCCUAGGACGAGUUUGCUUGAUAUGUGCUAAUCUAAGAAUUCCCUAUGUAGGUCAAACUUUCAGAGAAGCUCUCACACCUACUUCAGACAUGCGACAAUUAGCAUUAACAAUACCUGCAGUGCUGAACUUACUUCUUGGUGUUCCCGAAUCUGAAUUUUCUGGAAGUUCUCCUGCUGUGCAUCCCCUAGUGUGGAGAUGGCUUGUUGCUUUCUUGAAAAAGCGAUACCAGUAUGACCUCACAGAGCAACAUUAUGUUGAUGUGAGGAAAUACGCUAUACUGAGAGGACUAUGCCAUAAGGUGGGCAUUGAAUUGGCACCCCGAGAUUUCGUCAUGGAUUCUGCUUUCCCGUUUUACAAACAGGACAUUAUUAGCCUUGUCCCUGUACAUAAGCAAGUUGCAUGCUCAUCUGCAGAUGGAAGGCAACUUCUAGAAUCCUCCAAAACGGCUCUUGACAAGGGUAAACUUGAAGAUGCUGUUAAUUAUGGAACCAAGGCUCUUGCCAAGCUCAUAAUGGUGUGUGGUCCCUAUCAUCGAAUGACGGCUGGAGCUUAUAGCCUUCUAGCUGUUGUUUUGUACCACACUGGUGAUUUUAAUCAGGCUACAAUAUAUCAGCAAAAGGCCCUAGAUAUCAAUGAGAGGGAACUUGGGCUUGAUCAUCCUGAUACGAUGAAGAGUUACGGAGACCUUGCUGUUUUCUACUAUCGUUUACAGCAUACAGAACUGGCUCUGAAGUACGUCAAGCGUGCAUUAUAUCUUCUACAUCUUACAUGCGGGCCAUCUCAUCCAAACACAGCUGCGACAUAUAUUAAUGUAGCCAUGAUGGAGGAAGGCUUGGGGAAUGUGCAUGUAGCUCUUAGGUACUUACACAAAGCUUUAAAAUGCAACCAGAGAUUACUUGGGCCUGAUCAUAUCCAGGUUUGGAUAGGGACCCUUCGAUAUGUUGGCCUAGUGCACUCAGUAAUGACUGCUGCAAGCUACCAUGCUAUCGCCAUUGCUCUCUCAUUGAUGGAAGCUUAUUCGUUGAGUGUUCAGCAUGAGCAGACAACCUUGCAAAUUCUUCGUGCAAAGCUUGGACCAGAUGAUCUUCGGACUCAGGAUGCUGCAGCCUGGCUUGAAUACUUUGAAUCAAAAGUAAUUGAGCAACAAGAAGCUGCCCGCAAUGGAACUCGAAAACCCGAUGCAUCAAUAGCUAGUAAAGGACACCUAAGUGUAUCUGAUCUUCUUGAUUACAUCAAUCCCAACAAAGAAAACAGAGGAAGAGAUUCUGAAUCAGGCAAGAGGAGGUACUCAAGCAUAAAGGUUUUAUCACAUUCGAGUGAGAAUUUAAACAUAGAAAGUCCUGAUAUAUCUCCAAGAGAUUCUGCUAUUGCAAUCACAGACGAGGAAAAACGAAUUAGGGGGCCUUUGCAAGAUGAUAGUGCUAAGAUCAUGGAUAUUCCUGAAACUGAGGUUAAAGAGAGUCCUUUAUCCGUGGAGGCUUCACCACCUUCUGAACAACUGGUAGAGAGAGCUGAGGUGAACAUCAGUUCACCUGAGGAAGUUUUUGAUGAAGAACAGGAUGAUGGUUGGCAGCCUGUUCAAAGACCUAAAACAGCUGCAGUUUUAGGAAAACAGAUAAAGCAUUACCGUCCUGCCAUCAGAAGGACGUCUGACCCUGAGAAUCAUGCUCCAACAGAUGCUUCCCAAUAUAAGCCAAGGAAUUCCUAUUCAAAUAACCGUUAUUACUUCUUAAAGAAGAAAACUAUUGUACCUGCAGCAUACGCAGAUCCUCAGCAGCAUACGAAAGUCCAGACAUCAAGUUCCAGGUUUGGUCGCAAGAUAUACAAGGCUAUGACCUACCGGAUUAAGCCAGGGACAGCAUCCUCAGAAGUGCAAGAUACUUCUAGGCUCACAGAGCAGAUGGGUGGUAAAGAAGAAUCCCAAAUAGCUUAUUCACAUGUGCACAAUCGUUCGGCAGAUCUGAAAGGAAGUGAGCCACAUGGACCUUGGGUUGAAAGUACCGGAAACCCACCAUCAUACAAAGAUGUUGCAUUGGCACGUCCAGGUACAAUAGCCAAGACUCAAAUACAAAAACGUAAAGAUGAUGUACUGCAACCAUCACUUGGUCAAAUUAUCGCACAAGAAAUGAAGGAUUCCUUGGUAGAUACAGUUCAAGUGGACCAGAGGUCCGUGUCCUCAAGUACCAAUAAUUCCAAAGAGGUAAACAUUGUGCCAACAGAAAUGCAGCAUUCAGAACAAAGAGAAGAGUCACAUAGGGAACAUGAGAUUGACGACACGGGGAAAGAUAGUUUACCAGAUAAAUUAACAUCAAAUACUGAGAAACCUUCUGGCGGUGGCCCUGCAGAUAUUAAAACAGACACGACCUUACUCAGUAAUAACAAAGAUCAAGAACCAACAAGUAGUGACAAUUUUGGUGCAGCCACUGAGUUCUCAGAUUCAACAGUACCCACAGAAGCUGAAAAUAGUGGAAAGUCUGGCAUACAAUUUCUAGAAGAAUCUCUACCUACUAAUAGUGAACCUAUUACAGUUUCAGCGCAUACAACAAGUAUGCAGGGAGGCGUUGGAGGUGUUGAAAGUAAGAAGUCAAAGCCUGACAUGCUUCUAAGUAAUAUUGAUAUAAGAGAGAUGUCUAAUAAGAAGCUAUCUGCUGCUGCACCUCCAUUCAAUCCGUCUCCUCCAGCUAUCCUUAGCCCACUUGCUGUAAGUGUCGGUCUCCCACCACCAGGUGCUGUUCCAGGUGUCGGCCCUUGGCCUAUGAAUGUCUCCAUGCAUCCUGGACAUUCAAAUAUGGUGCCAAACGGUCCUCCGCUGUGCACAUCCCCACAUCAUUUGUACCCUCCUGCUCCUCGGUCUCCUAAUCUCUUGCAUCAUGUGCCAUUUCUUUAUCCACCAUAUAGUCAACCGCAGAUGGCUCCAAGCAGCACAUUUCCCAUGAACACCACUAUUUUUCGCCCUAACCAUUAUGGAUGGCAACCUUACAUGAGCCCAGCUGCAUCUGAGUUUGUGCCUGGACCAGCAUGGUCAAACAAUCAUCCAGUCGCUUACACCCCCAGCCCACAUGUUGCUGACACUAUUUCUCAGUCUUUAGCAGAUACACAUGUUCUAUCUGAUGCAGCUGUUGUUAGUAUAGGACCUUUGCUGGACAGCAAUAUGGUUGCAGUAAGGGAGGAAGUGGAGGUCCCUGUGGAGGUAUGCAGUGGUAAUUUGAUCAGCAAUAAAUUUUUGGGAGAGGAACAUGACAAAGAGUUAAAGGAUGCUGUUAAUGCUGCACUUAAUCCUGACAAGCCAGGAGAUAGCAUAUUUGAUAUUGGUGGAACGAAGCUGGGAGGCAGCAUGAAGAAUGAAGAUGAGGGUAGCUUUAGGAUAUUUGUAAAGGGGAAAGGCAGGCGAAAGCAAACUCUGAGGAUCCCGAUAAGUUUGCUUAACAAGACAUAUAGUUCACGUUCCUUCAAGCUUGACUUCAACAGAGUAGUCAGAGAGAAUGACAUCUUCAUGCCAUCGGGCGUUUCUUUUGCUGAAGUAGUUUCUUCUGGCAACUGA